CCAAAGAAGAAGAAGCUCAAAGAAGAAGAAGAAGAAGAAACCGAAAUUGACCUCGAACGGCCGCCGACCGAAGGUAAAAGAAGACAAGUCUAAGCUGAUAAUGUAUGUAUUGUUACGACCACCCGAGUAAACACGCAUUUUAAAGGUGUGCAGAUUUUGCGGCGUUCGGGAGGAGCUUCCGCUACGCCUCGCGUGUCACUAGGGCCCGCUGACCCACAUUCGCGAGACCGCUCGCUCGAGGAAGUGCGCGCAUGAAAUUCAGCAUUGCAUUUCUAGUUAUUGCGCCGAUUAUUCAACGCAGCGCUGCAUUGUGAUCUCAGGUCCAAGGAGCUUAUAUCUGACAGGCACCUGUGUGAGUGUGUUUCUCUGCUUUCACAUUGGCAGGUCCUCUUCACCAAUGUCUUCCCAAUGCAUCAGGUUUUUUAACCCCAGACUGAUCCAUGAGACAGCAUUAUCAUGAGCUCCAGAGACAGAGUUUCGAGAAAUAAGUCAGAGAAGAAAAGGCGAGACCAGUUCAAUGUCCUCAUUAAGGAACUUGGCACCAUGUUGCCUGGAAAUACACGCAAAAUGGACAAGUCUACAAUAUUGCAGAAAAGCAUAGACUACCUGCGCAAGCACAAAGAAAUUGCUGCACAGUCUGAGUCAAGUGAGAUCAAGCAAGAUUGGAAACCCCCAUUUCUUAGCAAUGAGGAGUUUACACAGCUGAUGCUAGAGGCGCUGGAUGGGUUCUUCAUAGUGAUGCUGACAGACGGCAACAUCAUUUACACCUCAGAAAGCGUAACUUCUCUACUUGAGCAUUUACCUUCGGACCUGGUGGAUCAGAACCUUUUAAACUUUCUACCAGUGGGGGAGCAUGAAGAAGUCUAUAAAGCUCUGUCCUCACACCCAGACAUUGAAAACCUCAACUCUGAUUACCUCAGAUCCAAGAACCAGAUGGAGUUUUGUUGUCACAUGCUCAGAGGUUCUGUGGAUCCCAAGAAACCGCCUGUGUAUGAAUAUGUCAAGUUUAUUGGCAACUUUAAGUCACUCGCCAACAUACCUCUUGCAACCCGAAAUGGCCUUGAGGGAAUUUUACAGCACUCGUUGCAGCCGGCCUUCGACGAUAAAGUCUGUCUUAUUGCGACUGUGAGGCUCACCAAACCCCAGUUCAUCAAAGAGAUGUGCAUGGUGGAGGAGCCCAAUGUAGAAUUUACGUCUCGACACAGUCUGGAGUGGAAAUUCCUCUUAUUAGAUCACAGAGCACCUCCUAUCAUUGGCUAUAUGCCCUUUGAGGUGUUGGGAACAUCAGGCUAUGACUAUUAUCAUGUAGACGACUUGCAUUCACUGGCCAAAUGCCAUGAGCAUUUAAUGCAGUUUGGAAAAGGGAAAUCGUGUUAUUAUCGCUUUUUAACUAAAGGGCAGCAGUGGAUUUGGCUCCAGACUAACUACUACAUCACCUAUCACCAGUGGAACUCACGACCAGAGUUUAUCGUGUGCACGCACACAGUUGUGAGUUAUGCUGAGGUGCGAGCAGAGCAGAGGAGAGAGAUGGGUAUAGAGGAAUCUCCCCCUGAGCUGCCCGGAGAUAAGCAGUCUCAGAUUUCUGGCUCUGAAUCUCAGUUAAACACCUCCAGAUUGAAGGAGGUUCUGGAGUGCUUCAGUAACAGUCGCACACCUUCCACCUCCUCAAGGAGCUCCCGCAAGUCCUCGCACACCGCUGUCUCCGACAACACCUGUACUUCAACUCCCUCUAAGCUACAGAUGGAUGUGAGCACUCCACCCCGGCCCGCCACUGUUGAUAUGACACACCAACGUCGUUCCUCUAUCAGCACCCAGUCCAUGAGUUCUCAAAACACCAAUCAGACUGGAUCUCUGGUCCAAAUCAACCAACAGCAACAACCUCAACCACAGCAGCAGGUUCAACCUAAUGCCCUGUUCUCUGCGCAGUUGAAUGCAAUGCAGCACCUGAAGGAGCAAUUGGAGCAAAGGACACGCAUGAUCGAAGCUAACAUUCAGAAACAGCAGGAGGAACUGAGACAGAUUCAUGAGCAGCUCCAGAGGGUGCAGGGACAGGGCACUCAGAUGAUACUGCAGCAGUCGGGUGGUGGACUGAGUGUACAGUUGCCGCAAGUUGGAGGAGCACAGACUAACAUUUUAGGGGUUGGAGCACAGACUGGGGUCGUAGCUAUACAGGGCCAAAAUGUGACAAGUACAGCACAGAGUGGGACUGUUCCACAGCAACAAGCACUUCCACAGCAACAGGCUUCUCGUUCCCUGCAGCAGGGCUCUUCUGUUACACAGCAUGGUCCUGUGUAUAAUACCAUGAUGAUCAGCCAGCCUGCCAAUGCCAAUGUUGUGCAGAUACCCAGCAGUCUGGCACCAAAAAUAAAUCAGGGAAAUGCAAUCAACAGAUUUCCUGCCGGGCAGCAGUUGGUCACUAAGAUUGUGACCGCUCCAAUGGCGUGUGGUGCUGUCAUGGUACCCACAACAAUGUUUAUGGGUCAGGUUGUGACAGCUUAUAGCCCGUUUGCACAGCAACAAGGUCAGACACAGACCAUAGCACUGCAGCCUCAGUCAACAGUGCCUGCAGAACAGCAGGCUCAAACUACCACAUUACAAACAAGUCAACAGCAGGGGGCGACGCAGCAACCAUUUUUACAGAGUACACGCUGCCUUCAUGGCAACCAGUCCACACAACUGAUCCUGCAGGCUUUCCCUAUUCAGCAGCAAGGUACAUUUCCUCCAUCACAACAACAACCGCAGCAGCAACUGAAACCACAGACUCAAAAACAACAGAAAGGAACCCUUUCUCGUCAGACUGACAAUACUAGUGCCCAGUCUCAGUAACAUGGAUGAAAACAACAGCCAAUCAGAUGGAGGAGCCAGCUAACUUAGUCUCCUCUAGGAGUUUAUUGGUGCUGUAUUUAAUUUGAAAGCUCUACAAUAAAACCGCUCUUCCUGGAAGCACAUUAGAAGAUUUUAAGACAAGGAACUCCCUCAACAUGGCAGCUGCGUGGAACACAACACCACCAGAUGGAUGCGAUGUCAACCAUGUGGAGUGUUUCACCGAACCAACAGGUGGUUGCCAAACUCAUUAUUUAUUUCAACAUGGUCUUUGCCAAACAGAAACCCUGUUCUCAGUCUUUCACUGUAAACAGCCCAAAGAACUGAGUCUGUACAGUCUCGUGUACCAUACCAAGUAAAUACACAACCAUAAAGGAACAAAGCAAGAUACUGAAUAUUUUAUAUGCUGCAUGAGAAGUGUAAACUUUCAUUUGUAAUUCCAGUUUUAUGAUUUCCAUUUUUAAGUAUUAUUUUAAUUUUAACAUUUUUAUAUUAUGCAUAUAGUGAUGCUUUCUACUUUUAACCCUUCCCUCACAAUGGUCUCUUCACGUAUAGUUAGUUUUUUGUUUGUUUGUUUUUUGGAAAUUAUUAUACCCCAUUGUCUCUGACAUACAAAAAAUGUCCAGUUUACAUUUAGUUCUAACUAUCACACACAUUUAAUGCAGAAGAAUCAAAGUUGAUGGUUUUAAGUGCCAAAACUUAGCUGCUUUGUUUAAAAAAAAAAAAAAUCUACUUCUGUUUUUUUGUUGAACGUUGAUUUGCUUUUUAGCUGAGUCAUAGUAGUCCACUAAAAAGUUUUUGUGCACCUUUCCCCCUUACUUGUAGCACUUAUUGUGUUCAUACACACUAAAAUAGUCCAGCCUUCUAGUAAUUGUGACCUAAUGGUCUUUUAAAGGGUUAGUUCACCCAAAAAU